GCUUUCAUUAGAAUAAAUACCAAAUAUGUUUCUUCUCUAAAAUUCAUUUUAUGUGUAAGUAAAACAGCCAGAAAGCCUAUACGUAUUACUAAAUUCUGGGCUGUCCUAUGUAAAUGAUAGCCACUUCUACGUAUAUGUAUAUUUACAUUUCUAUCAAUUGCUUAUAAAGUAAAAUAGAUGAACAGAUCAAAUGUUGUGUUGAGGGAAAAUACAUUUCACAGGAACCUUUAAAGUAGAGCAAAAGAUACUUUAAAAAGAUAGUUUUUUGAUCUAAAACUUUAAUUCUAAUAAUGCACCGUUAUACAUUGUGUAUGUGCUAGGAAAAAACAGCUUAACCAUCUUGGUUCAGUGUGUUAACAUUCACUUUAUCUCUUUAAAUCUUGAAUGAAACAAUUGGUUAUUUGCAACUUGCAAAGUAGAUUAUUGUAGUUUUUUGCUUUAACACAAUUCAAUGUAAUUUUGGUCCUAAAGCAGCAAGGACCCUAAACAGUGACUACCUGACCUUGAUUUUAUUUGCCUUGUUCUUAUGUGAUCACAAUCUCUAAAGCUAGACUUUUUCAGGUUCAUUAUUUAAUCUGUGCCUCCUCAUAAUUGAUGGCCUUAUAAUCUUCCAAAAUGACUCCCAUUGAGUACCCAUGACUGAGGACCAAACUGUUCUUUAUAUACUUUAUAUAUUUUGUGUGAUUUUUUUAUUUUUAAAGCAAAUGAUUGCCUAUAUUAUUGUUAACUUAAAUGGUUAUUAACAGUUUCAGAACAAUGAAAAAUUAUAGUACCAUUGACAAUCAUGUUUCUAAUGUAAAGGAAAGAAUAUUUGUAUAUCCUAGUGAUACGUAGUUUGUCCCCUACCAGAACUCUUAAAUGUACAAUAUUCAGUAUAUUCUAUCAGCUGCUUCAUUGUAGAAGCUAUAUUUAUUUUUGUUUGUUUUCUAGCCUUAAAGUGUGCUCUGGAAAAGAGAAACUUAAGAUUUGUGUCCUCUCUGCAUUUUUGUGAGCACAUAAAUUGUACCCCAUCACAGAGUUUGUUUCUGGAAAUGCGAAUGUAAUUAAGAUCCAGUCCUGCUUGAUGGAGCUCAGGGUCUAAUUGGAGGGCUAAUAAGUAACUACAGUACUUAACACAUUCUGUAAUUGAGUUAUCUGCAAAGUACUCAGAGUUGAGGAUUGUGAGAGAGGGAUUUAUUCUGCCCAGAGGAAGCUUCACCUUCAGGGGCAAGUAGCAGCUGGAGAUGGAGGAGGAAGUCUUCCAGGCACAGAGCACAGCAUUAGCAAAAGCCUGGAGGCACUGGGGUGUGUGUGUGUGUGGUCCCGGACGGAGGUGGGGAGAUGUUGAAAACAGAACCCAGAUGUAAACUUCAGGACCUGCCCCACUUCCCUCGCGUGAGCGAGUGAUUCAGUUGGACCUAGAGGAGAUCCUCCAGUAAGUAUUUCUUGACUUUUUCUUGUUAUUGCGGGAUGCAGGGUAGCAACGUGUGGUGCGUAAGGCUUGCACCAUAAGGACCCUGCAUUCUCAUCUUGGUCCACGGGGAGCCAGCUCUGUGACCUUAGUCAGGUCACUUAGCCUGUCAAAGUCUCCAUUUUGUUAUUUUUUAAGACUUUGUUUUUUUUUUUUUAGGGCAGUGCUAGGUUCACAGCAAAAUUGAGGGAAGGUACAAAUAUAUCCCGUACCCACCCUGCCCCCACCCCAUGCACAGCCUCCCCCAUUAUGGACACCCCACCAGAGUGGUGCAUUUGUUACUACUGAUGGACCUACGUUAACACAUCAUUAUCAUCCAAACCGUGGAAACAAGAAAAAGGAUUCUGCAUCAGAAGCAUGUAAAAUAGAUUGCUUGGUCUAAAAUAGAAAACAGUGGCAAUGUUUUGCUGAGUUUCCAGACCUUUCCCAACAUGGACACAAUAACCUUCACAGCAAGGAAACAUCCGUUUCCUAGCGAGGUCUCGGUGGAAUUUAGCCUCCAGCUGGUGGGCUUCUUACCCGUGCAUUCUCUGACCACCAUGCCCAUGCUGCCUUGGGUGGUGGCAGAGGUGCGAAGGCUCAGCGAGCAGUCCUCCAAAAAGGAGUCUGGUACCAAGCAAGUCCACCUUUGUGUUUCGCCCUCCGGACUGAGAUGUGAGCCUGAGCCAGGAAAAAGUCAACAAUGGGAUCCACUGAUCUGUUCCAGCAUCUUCGAGUGUAAGCCUCAGCGAGUUCACAAACUGAUUCAUAACAGUCACGACCCAAGUUAUUUUGCUUGUCUGAUUAAAGACGAUGCAGCCAAUCAGCAGAGUAUCUGCUAUGUGUUCAAAGCCGAUGGUCAAACAAAAGUGCCUGAGAUCAUCAGCUCCAUCCGGCAGGCGGGGAAGAUCGCCCGCCAGGAGGAGCUCCGCUGCCCUUCCGAGUUCGAUGACACGUUCGCCAAGAAGUUCGAGGUGCUGUUCUGCGGCCGCGUGGCGGUGGCGCACAGGAAGGCCCCGCCCGCCCUGAUCGACGAGUGCAUCGAGGGCUUCAGCCACGUGAGCGGCGGUGGCUUCUCCUCGGAUCAGCUCAGGGCUGCACCGCAGCCGCCGGGGGACCGGGAGCGGGGCCCGCGGCCGAUGCGCAAGUCCUUCUCCCAGCCCGGGCUGCGCUCCUUGGCCUUCAGGAAGGAGUUUCAGGAUGCAGGCCUGCGGAGUAGUAGUUUUUUCAGCUCCUUUGAGGAGAACGGCAUCGAGAACCACCUGAUUAGUGGACACAAUAUUGUGCAGCCGACGGAUAUUGAGGAAAAUCGAACUAUGCUCUUCACGAUUGGUCAAUCUGAAGUUUACCUCAUCAGUCCUGACACCAAAAAAAUAGCGUUGGAGAAAAAUUUUAAGGAGAUAUCCUUUUGCUCUCAGGCAUUGGUAGUAAUGUUCCACAGUCAUGAUUUCCAGGGUAUUAGACAUGUGGACCACUUUGGGUUUAUCUGCCGAGAGUCUUUGGGAGGUGGAGCCUUUCAUUUCGUCUGUUAUGUGUUUCAGUGCACAAAUGAAGCUCUGGUGGAUGAGAUCAUGAUGACCCUGAAGCAGGCCUUCACAGUGGCCGCCGUGCAGCAGACAGCGAAGGCGACGGCCCAGCUGUGUGAGGGCUGCCCCCUGCAGGGCCUGCACAAGCUCUGUGAGCGGAUUGAGGGAAUGAAUUCUUCCAAAACCAAACUAGAACUCCAGAAGCACCUGACAACAUUAACUAAUCAGGAGCAAGCAACUAUUUUUGAGGAGGUUCAGAAAUUGAGACCAAGAAAUGAGCAGCGAGAGAAUGAAUUGAUUGUUUCUUUCCUGAGAUGUUUAUAUGAAGAGAAACAAAAAGUUCACGUCCAUAUUGGGGAGAUAAAGCAGACAUCACAGAUUGCAGCAGAGAAUAUUGGAAGUGAAUUACCAUCUAGUGCCACUCGAUUUAGGCUAGAUAUGCUGAAAAACAAAGCGAAGAGAUCUUUAACGGAGUCUUUAGAAAGUAUUUUGUCCCGGGGUAAUAAAGCCAGAGGCCUCCAGGAGCAUUCCGUCAGUCUGGAUCUGGACAGCUCCGUGUCUAGCGCAUUAAGUAACACCAGCAAAGAGCCGUCAGUGUGUGAAAAGGAGGCCUUGCCCAUCUCUGAGAGCUCCUUCAGACUCCUGGGCUCCUCGGAUGACCUGUCCAGUGACUCAGAGAGCCACGCCACGGAAGAGCCAGCCCUGCUCUCACCCCAGCAGGGCUUCAGGAGGCGCGCCAACACUCUGAGUCACGUCCCCGUGGAAUGCCAGCAGCCUCUGCAGCAGGCACAGGGGUCUCCAGGGGUCUCGCAAAGAAAACUUGUGAGUGGGAAUCAUCCACCUGUUGGCGAGCCUAAAAGUGGCUCAGGUCAGUCUUCAGCUCCUGCUCCUCCACCUCGUCUCACCCCCUCCGCCUCCUCGCCCAAUUUUUUUAAGUACCUCAAACAUAACCCAAGUGGAGAACAGAGUGGCAAUGCUGUGCCAAAGAGCAUCUCCUACCGUAAUGCCCUGCGGAAAAAACUUCAUUCUUCUUCCUCUGUGCCAAAUUUUCUAAAAUUUCUGGCUCCUGUAGAUGAAAAUAACACCUCUGACUUUAUGAACACAAAAAGGGACUUUGAGUCCAAAGCCAGCCAUCUUGGUGACGCCAGCGGGACCCCCGUAAAGACACGGAGACACUCGUGGAGGCAGCAGAUCUUCCUUCGAGUGGCCACCCCGCAGAAAGCCUGCGAUUCUCCUGGCAGACACGAAGAUUAUUCAGAGUUGGGAGAGCUUCCCCCACGAUCUCCUCUAGAACCAGUUUGUGAAGAUGGACCCUUUGGCCCUGUCCCAGAGGAAAAGAAAAGGACAUCUCGUGAACUUCGAGAGCUGUGGCAAAAGGCCAUUCUACAACAGAUACUGCUGCUCAGGAUGGAGAAGGAAAAUCAGAAGCUGCAAGCCUCUGAGAAUGAUUUGCUGAACAAGCGCCUAAAGCUUGAUUAUGAAGAAAUCACUCCUUGUCUUAAAGAAGUAACUACAGUGUGGGAAAAGAUGCUUACCACUCCAGGAAGAUCAAAAAUUAAGUUUGACAUGGAAAAAAUGCACUCGGCUGUUGGACAAGGUGUGCCACGACAUCACCGGGGUGAAAUCUGGAAAUUCCUAGCAGAGCAAUACCACCUAAAACACCCGUUUCCCAGUAAACAGCAGCCAAAGGACACGCCAUACAAAGAGCUCUUAAAGCAGCUCACCUCCCACCAGCACUCCAUUCUCAUCGACCUCGGGCGAACCUUUCCGACACAUCCAUACUUCUCUGCUCAGCUAGGAGCAGGGCAGCUGUCACUUUACAACAUUUUGAAGGCCUACUCGCUUCUAGACCAGGAAGUAGGCUAUUGCCAAGGUCUCAGCUUUGUAGCAGGCAUUCUGCUGCUUCAUAUGGGCGAAGAAGAAGCAUUCAACAUGCUCAAGUUUCUGAUGUUUGACAUGGGUCUGCGGAAACAGUAUCGGCCAGACAUGAUUAUUUUACAGAUCCAGAUGUACCAGCUCUCGAGGCUGCUCCACGACUACCACCGAGACCUCUACAAUCACCUGGAGGAGCACGAGAUCGGCCCCAGCCUCUACGCCGCGCCCUGGUUCCUCACUGUGUUCGCCUCGCAGUUCCCCCUGGGGUUCGUAGCCAGAGUCUUUGAUAUGAUCUUUCUUCAGGGAUCAGAGGUCACAUUUAAAGUGGCUUUAAGUCUGUUGGGAAGCCAUAAGCCCUUGAUUCUGCAACAUGAAAACCUAGAAACUAUAGUUGACUUUAUAAAAAGCACGCUACCCAACCUGGGCUUGGUGCAGAUGGAAAAGACCAUCAGUCAGGUGUUUGUCAUGGACAUCUCUAAACAGUUACAGGCUUAUGAAGUUGAGUACCACGUGCUUCAGGAAGAACUUAUCGAUUCCUCUCCUCUCAGUGACAACCAAAGAAUGGACAGAUUAGAGAAAACCAACAGCAGCUUACGCAAACAGAACCUUGACCUCCUUGAACAACUGCAGCUCAAGCCAGCCUUCCGGUCUGCAUUGGCGCAUCAAGGGCAGGAACUGGGAAGCUGUGAUGUGAUCCGUCUCCAAGGCUGUCAGCCCUCCAGGAGGAGAGGGACCUGCGUUUGCCCUUUUCAGGUGUAUCUCCUUGGGCUUCUGGAAGAGGACUGGUCUGACAUCAUCCAUACCUUUCAACUGGACAACUCCACCUGGAUGCCUGUAUCCAUUUCUCAGGGAUGCUUUAACCAAGUACCACAAACUACAAGUCUGAAAUCAAGGUGUCGGCAGGGCCAUGCUCCCUCUGAAACAGGUGGAGAAGAAUCCUUUCUUGCCUCUUCUAGCUUCUGGUGUUUCCUGGAUGUCCCCUCGACCUGCCCCACCCUUCCAGCUCCUUGGUGUUCUUUUCUGUGCAGCUGAUCUGACCCAUUACCAAGGAUAGUCAAUUACUCCCUCCCGUGCUCCCCUGCACCUUGCCUAUAAUGCCAACAUUGUUAUCACAAUGUUUUAAUAUCCACUGAAUCAUGGAAUAGUAGAUGGUAGGUGCCUUGAGAGCAGGGACGGUGUAUCAUUCAGUUUUCAAGUUUAUAUCUCCAGCACCCCACAGGGUGAUUGGCAUGAAGAAGG